UCAUCUAAGUUUGUUGGGUUGGAUUCAGGGUGUAGUCAUCUGAUUGUAUGAACAUACGACGUUAACCUCUUAUUCCUGUUUCAGUUUUUUACCUGUAGCACAUUAUAUGCUAAAGCAAGUUUCUGAAUGAUAUUUAGGAUAAUGAGUGGUGCACCAAGGAAGAAAAGGGUGGAGCUGCAGUUGUCAAUGACCUUUGGUUGGACCAUUGCCUCAAGCAAGGACGCUUAAUUCCUGCUGGGAAGAUGUCACGUCAGCGUUCAGUUUCCAAAACAACAACUCUCGGAAAAAAAUCUGGUACGACCGGGUCGCACGCAGCCAAACAUGAGACCAUAGCGACCGCGUGACAUGUGUCACUACGAAUCGCGUGACAUGAGACCAUAGCGACCGCGUGACAUGAGACCAAUGGGCCAUGCUGGACGGGCGCCCCAUGUGCCACCUCCUCCUGCCGAGUGCCACAUCCACCAAACCUGUGGCUUGCAGAGCGAAACGGGCUCCUGCAGAAGAACUCGCUUCUUCUCUAACGAAAGCAACGAGGCGGCCGCUGGGGCGACGCGGUGGGAGGUCCGUCGCUCCACUCGAUUCGGGACCAUGCUCGCCCAACAAAAUCCCGCGAGCGACAGGGGAAGGAAGCGAAGGAGAGAAGGGAAGGGCGGGAAGGGGAGAAGAGAAGGGCGCGAACCAGGGAGCGGAGGCGCGGCGCGCGAACCAGCGGAGAAGGCGGCACACCUCGUCCUCAACCUGCCGUCGACAUCCGACUGCAGCUCUUGCUGCAAGAUGUUCUACAUAUAUGUGCAACAAUGGAGGGUUUCAUGUGCAAGGAAGCAAAGAAGAUGUGAGACAGGUUUUUUUUCUUGGAAUGAGAAGGAUCAAAGGAUAACCGACAAAUUCAGUUUGAACUUCAAAUAAAUAUGAUAUGAGUGUUGUAUUUACAAAUCUUUCCUUCACGAGUAUUUGGAAACCUUCAGAUUGUGCUAUUACUGUGAGAUUUUUAGUGUCCUGGACAAGGCAAACUUGUUGAUAUUGUUUGGAUAUCAAGAUUGCUGAUUUUUGUCUGGAAAUCAAAUUUUCUGAUAACUUUCAA